AUGGAUGGAUCAUGUCCACUUCUCCUUCCAUCCUUUGGGGAAAAGGACAGUUCUGAAAGAGAAACUGCAUAUUCAUCCCAAAAAGUUGGUCUAUAUAGACCAACAUCAGAUGCAAUUGACUUAGGAUAUCAUACUUUAGAUAACAAUGCCUGUCGUUCAACAUCUUCAUCAGCUGUUAUAUCAGUUCCAAUUAGACAACAAAUUUUAUUACAACAAAAGUGCAUUUAUGUCACUGAUUUAUGUCAGCUGGAUGAUGGUUUACUGUUAAAGAUAUUCAGUUGGCUGGGUACCAGAGAUCUCUGUUCUGUUGCUCAAACUUGCAGGCGUCUUUGGGAAAUAGCGUGGCAUCCAUCUCUUUGGAAAGAAGUAGAAAUACGUUAUCCCCAAAAUGCAACAGCUGCAUUAAAUGCCCUAACCAGACGAGGAUGUCACACAUAUAUUCGUCGUCUCAUACUCGAAGGUGCUGUUGGUUUAGCUGGGAUUUUUGCCCAGUUACCAUUUUUAAGUUUAACUUCAUUAGUUUUACGACAUUCCCGACGUGUUACAGACACAAAUGUGACAGCUAUAUUAGAUAAUUGCAUACAUCUGAAGGAAUUGGACUUAACAGGAUGUAUUGGCAUAACAAGAGCAUGUAGCCGAAUAACAACAUUACAGUUACAAUCAUUAGAUCUCAGUGAUUGUCAUGGUGUGGAAGAUUCUGGCUUAGUAUUGACACUUUCUCGCAUGCCACAUCUUGCUUGUUUAUACUUACGACGAUGUGCACGUAUAACUGAUGCCAGUCUUAUAGCAAUUGCUUCCUAUUGUGGCAGUUUACGACAAUUGUCUGUUUCUGAUUGUGUAAAGAUCACAGAUUUUGGAGUACGCGAAUUGGCAGCACGUCUUGGUCCAUCUCUGCGAUACUUUUCAGUAGGAAAGUGUGAUCGUGUAUCAGAUGCUGGUCUUUUGGUUGUUGCUAGGCACUGUUACAAAUUGAGAUACUUAAAUGCUCGUGGCUGUGAAGCACUUAGUGACAGUGCUACGUUAGCUUUGGCACGCGGAUGUCCACGUCUAAGAGCUCUUGAUAUAGGAAAAUGUGAUAUUGGUGAUGCAACUCUUGAAGCCCUAUCUACUGGCUGUCCAAAUUUAAAAAAAUUAUCCUUAUGCGGUUGUGAACGCGUCACAGAUGCUGGAUUAGAAGCAUUAGCAUAUUAUGUACGAGGAUUGAGGCAGCUCAACAUUGGUGAAUGUCCUAGGGUUACAUGGGUUGGAUACCGAGCAGUGAAACGUUAUUGCCGUAGAUGCAUCAUAGAACACACAAAUCCUGGUUUCUCAAGUUGAGUCUUCUA